AUGCUGGCUCCAAAGAGCACGCACAAGCGCAAGCGCAGCUCGGCUCGCUCCGACAAGGCACGCAAGCUAGGGCCUGCAAGAUGGAUCGUCAACCUCUUACCCUCCGAGUCCGGCACUUCACCAUCGAGCGGCAAUGAAGAAACAUCACAAUCAAACGCACAUUCGUCUGCAGGACCAUCUCGAAGCCAGCGCCUGGAUCAACUCGUCGACGCACAUCCCUUCAAUCGCUCGCUCGAACUCAUCCUGCCGCUAGUCACGGCAGCGAACCCCGAUUCACCUGACAGCAGCACUGAGCUUCCGCCUCUCGUACGCUCUCUCAUCGCCAACGUCGAGCAGCUCGCUUCAUCCCACAAGUCAUAUCAAGCACGCAUCCCUCUCAGCCUACUCCUGGAUCCAAUCUUUGUCACCGCAUACCUCAAAACUGGAUCCUUGAUAGCGCUCAGCAAUGUCUCUGGCGCACCGGGCUUGUCUCCACACCUUGAAGAUUCGGCCUGCAUCGAUGGUCAAGGGACACUGGUGCUUUCGCUCUGCAAAGAUACAUAUCAGACACUAGGUCUCACUGGAAGGGCGAGCCACUUUUCACGUCUGGCCUCCGGCCGAGCUGCCGAUCGCACAAGCGGGCCAGACUCGCGCUUCAUCGUUGAGCUGCCCCUGCUAUCGCCUUCGUUUGUACCGGGCAAGAAAGGGUACCAGCAGGCACUGGAGAGACUGCGCCAAUGGGACCGCUCUCGAGCUCAAGCUCUGGCCAUGGAACAUACGCUAUCGCAGUCGCACGCAUCCUCGAAGAUGGCACCCUCCAGCGAGCCCGCCGCUCCUGUAACGAGUGAUCACGCGACGUGGGAUAUGCUCUUCGUCUGGUCACCGAGUAGAGCCACAGCCGAUGCGAUCGCAGCUUCAAACUCUUCAUCGUCAUCAUCCGGCUCGAUCGACGAGGUUCGCUUUCCAGAACAUCUUGUGCGUCCCGAGGAUGUCAAAUGUCUUUCGUUGCCAGCUUGCGAUCCAGUCAUCGCAGAUUCGGUGUGGGUUCCAGCACUCCACGAUCCUGCACGACAUCCUUUGAACAGCACUUGGCAGGAAAGUCAACGACACUUCAUCGAGCUCGAGCAGCAGCCUGAACACUCUGCCAUAGCAACAUGGGCAGCUUUUCAGGGCGGCCUACAAGAAGCGAUCGAAUGGGCAGGACUAGCCUCCCUCGGUGCAACGCCAAUUCACACAUUCACCAGGUCCGAGACGACGUGCGUCUACAGCCCGCCGUCUCCCUCGCAGCCGGGCAGAAUCGUCAAGCUCCGCUGGUCAGGGCCGCAAGGAAAACCGUUGCUUCUCAGUCCUCUCUUCGUUUCUCAGAUCUCCAGAGAAGUUCAUCGACUUGUCUCUCAAUCGUCGACCUCCAGUCGCGCGACCGAGACAGUGCAAUGGGCAACUCUGUCCUGCUCCGGCUUUCCUCAUGCGCCACUGACCUGGCGAGCCAAAGUGCCGUUCAGCUCUCUGUACGGAGCCAAAGAGCUUCCUGGCAACAAGACGAACCUCUCAGCGGAAUUGGCAGCACAGGCUGCUGACGAGGAGGUCUCGCUGACCGACGCUUCCUCUUCUGACGACAAUGAUGAAGACGAGGCGGACAGCGACUCGUCGCUGGACAUGGACGGGCAGCGCGCGCCCAAGCGAAAGACAAAGAAGCGGUCGAAACGCAACAUUGGCAAGAACCAGACUGAACACACCUUCACCCCUGCUACUGGGGAGACUGGUUGGAUCUCGUUCUGUCUCGGCGAAUCCCAGCCUUCAACGGCACGAGCCAAGACCACACCAGACGAAAAGCAGGCACCCCCUCGGACUGGCCGAUGGGUGUUUGUCGAGCUGAUUGGCACAGAUACCCGCUCCUGA